AUGGCUAAACCAAGAGGAAGAAAACUGUUAAAAAAACAAAAAAAAGAUGAGUUUGUUCCACAACAAUCGUUGUCGAACACCGAAAACGAUGUCAAUGUAGAUUAUCACGACAAUAAUACAGAAUUAGACACAGCUGGUUCAGCUACGAAUUUAUUUUUUGGUGUUUUGGAUAGAGAAGAAUUGGAAUAUUUUAAACAGGCUGAAGCUACGUUAGCAGUGGAUGCAUUCGAAUCUAUGGAUGAGAAGCAUCAAUUUGUUACUAGUAUUAUUGAAGAAGCUAAGGGGAAAGAAUUGAAACUGGUUACGUCCCAGAUAUGUUCUAAAUUAAUGGAAAGAUUGAUCCUUGAUUGCGACGAUUCCCAAUUAAAAUUCUUAUUUCAAACAUUCAAUGGGUUUUUUUUCAACCUUGCAUGUCAUAAAUAUGCAUCUCACGUUCUGGAAACGUUACUUGUCAGAAGUACAGCAUUAGUGGAGAAAGAAUUACUGACACCGACUUUUGAUGAUAAUUUAGAACAUUAUGAUAAAGAUGAUAAUGUUGUCCCAUCAAUGGAAAAUCUCUUCCUAUUUAUGCUAAAUGAAUUUAAGCCACAUUUAAAAGAAAUGAUGACUCAUCAAUAUGCGUCUCAUAGUUUACGUCUUUUAAUUUUAAUCCUAUCUUCAAAAUUGUUGCCAAGCUCCACUGAAAACAAUUCCACUCUACGUUCCAAGAAAUCAAAAAUUGCACGUAAAAUGGUUGAUUUAAGAGAUAAUUCAGAUUUUAAUAAAAUAUAUCAGACACCGGAAUCCUUUAAAUUACAACUACGCGAUAUUUUAAGUGAUUUAUAUAAAGAUUUCACAGAGCAUGUUGAAUCACGUAAUGAUAUUUCAAUGACUGUAAUUACUAAAUUUAGAGAAUUGUGUGUUGAUAAGAUUGCAUCUCCAGUGAUUCAAUUAAUUAUUCAAGUUGAAGGUAUCUUUGAUAGAGAUCGUUCUUUUUGGAGGCUUGCAUUUUGUGUUGGUGAUGAAAGGGAUCCUAAAGAAGAAUCAUUUGUAGAAUAUUUGCUAUCUGAUGCAGUUGGGUCUCAUUUCUUAGAAAAUGUCAUUCAAUUUGCUAGAAUCAAAUAUGUGGAAAGGUUGUAUCAUUUAUACAUGAAAGAUCGUAUUGUAAAGUUAUCUAAGAGAGAUACCACAGGUGCAUUUGUAGUUCAAAGUUUACUAAAAAUUUUAAAGAGUAAAGAGAUUAAAGAGAUCCUUAACUCUUUAGUUCCUGAAUUAAACAUGAUAUUAAAUUCUAAUAUGGAUUUUGCUAUAAGUAUUAUAGAUGCAAGUAACAGAGAAAAUAAUUAUUUGAGAGAACAAGUAGUAGAACAGUUAAUAAAAAAAUACUAUAGAAGUGGUCCAAAUGACGAAGAAAGGAAGAAUAUUUUAGAGAGUUGUUUACAAUUGAGUGACUCUACUCUAGGUAAUACAAGAGAUGGUGAUUGGCCUACAGCAGAAGAACGUAGAAGGUCCUUAUUCUUAGAAGAAUUAAUUGAUUAUGAUGAUAAAUUUCUGGAAAUCACCAUUGAGGGUAUGUUAGAUUUACCUGAAGAUAAAUUUUUACAGAUGACAUACCAUGGUAUAUUUUCGCAUGUAGUGGAACAUGUCCUACAAGUUAAAAGAGUAGACACAAUAAAAAGAAAACAGUUGCUAAAUAUUCUUUGUAAAAAUGUGGUUAAUAUGUCAUGUAAUGCCUAUGGGUCUCAUAUUGUUGACAAGCUAUGGGAAUUUACUAGUAAGUUAACAUUGUAUAAAGAAAGAAUUGCAGCUGCGUUAGUUAAGGAAUCUGAUAAGGUAAAAAAUAGUAUUUAUGGUAAACAAGUAUGGAAAAAUUGGCAAUUGGAUAAAUAUUUAAGAAAAAAUUAUGAUUGGAAGAGACUAAUUAAGGAGCAAGACUUAGAACUAUUUCCAGAAUUUAAAGCACCAAUAGCAAAUCCAUUAAAAAGAAAAGCUGAACAUAGUAAUAAUGAAAGAUAUCAACAACAAAGAUCCAAAAAAUCUUAUAAUUCAAGAAAAAGAUACUAA